AUGUUCGCUGAGGGCAAGAUUCCUGAUGCGGAGGACAAGGUUCCUGGCGCUGAGGACAAGGUUCCUGGCGCUCAGAACAAGGUUCGUGACGCUGAGGACAAGGUUCCUGGCGCUGAGGACAAGGUUCCUGAUGCUGAGCACAAGGUUCCUGGCGCUGAGGACAAGGUUCCUGGCGCUGAGGAGAAGGUUCCUGACGCUGAGGGGAACGUUCGCUGAGGACAAGGUUCCUGAUGCUGAAGACAAGAUUGCUGGCGCUGAGGACAAGGUUCCUGAUGCUGAGGACAAGGUUCCUGUCGCUGGGGACAAAGUUCCUGGUGGCGCUGAGGACAAUGUUCCUGGCGCUGAGAACAAGGUUCCUGGCGCUGGGGACAAGGUUCCAGGUGGCGACGACGACAAGGUUCCUGAUGGGGAGGACAAGUUCCUGGCGCUGAGGACAAGGUUCCAGGUGGCACUGAGGACAAGGUUCCAGGUGGCGCUGAGGACAAGGUUCCUGGCGCUGAGUUCAGGGUUCCAGGUGGCUCUGAGGACAAGGUUCUUAGCGCUGAGGACAAGGUUAAUAGCGCUGAAAGUACAAACCAAGAUAAAUCGACCAUGAAAUCGUUAAAUGGAAAUGUGCUUAACAUGCCGACUAAUCUACAUAAGGUUUCUAAUGAAUGCGCAGAGCACGUAAAUACAACUAAUCCCCCGAGAGACACAAACAAUAAAUAUAAAUGGGACUCUGAAAUUAGUGUAUUGAAAGCCAAAUUUGAAAGGUUCGCUCAAAUCCUAACGAAUAAGUUAGAAGAUAUUUCCUUUGAAGUAAACAACAUCAGAGAGUACAAACCGUAUUCUAUCUUAGUAUUGGAAAAUACAGUUAAUGAUUUAGAACAGGAGAAGCAUGAGUUGAGCAAGAAGAACGAUGAUCUUAGGGAAUUAAAUAUGACUAUGUCUCACACCAUAUCGGACUUGAGAUUAGCUAAUAAGAACCUUGAAAGUGAAAAAGCAAGUUUGUUGACAGCCUUGAAACUAAUUCAAGGCGACUGCACACGGAUGACUGAGACAGCACAUUUUGGGGAGAAAACCACAAAACCUAAUAAAUACAACUCAGCGAAUUAUCUUAAUGAUGAUAUUGAACAAACCUGUCCACGCGAGGUGGCAGAUUGCACAAAGCAGAGAAAUGAAAUACCGAAUACAAACAUUCCAUUACGUAACAGGUAUUCUGCUCUUCGUUUCGAAGAAAACGCUAUAAAUGACGAGAAUGAACAUCACGCCUGCCAAAACGAACAUCACGCCGGCCAAAACGAAGAUAAUGCAACCAGAAACAGGCAAGAUAAAACUCCGAACCAGAGAAAGCAAAAUGUAAAGAAAGGAGAUACCAACGAAAAAAUAACUACCGUUAUAGUUGGCGUUGGUUUUAAUGUUUUAUUAUGA